AAAAUGUGCGCUAUGAGACGAGGUGUUCUCCUCACACUCGCUUCACGAAGGCGACACCCGGCCUCCACGAGCGAGAUUUUUGGAGCGCGUGCACGCGUUUUGGCGAUGCUUCUUGUAAGCAGCGUACUACUUCAACUACCGCCGUCCUGGAUCGCGAACGCGACAGACGGCACAGAAAACACGGCAUCGACCAAACCAAAUCGAGAUCCUGAUCCGUUCGACCUCCCUCGGGAAACAGGUCCGUUUCGAAAGGCCCUGCACACCUUUGCACCCGAACCCGGCGGGUAUGCGUAUGAUGACCUGCAUGCUGCAGACACGCAGGCGAGAACGGUGCAGCGACCAUCUCGCAUUGCAGCCGCGCGGGGGGUUGAAGAGCACGAGCAGGUGACAACAGCGCAAAUAAAGGUCGGGAGAAGGCACGCAGCAGCUGAAAAUAGCGGUGCGGCUUAGGUUCCUUUGUACUAAGUGAUGUUGCCGCCUAAGAAAGUAUUGCUAGUAUUUCCGCGCCUGGCGCAGGAACACUUUAGGAGAACAGUAGCUGUCUCCGUGUGCUACUGUUUGUUCUUCGAUUUGUUCUAUACUGCAAGUUGAACCACCCUCUGUCAUUCCGUUUGAGGACACCAAACAUUACCGAAAACAAAGCACAGCCUCGCCAACUGGCAUGAUGAUAUCAAUUUACUGCUACGUUUCUAUCACUCAGGCACAGAGCAGAUCACGUCGGAGGCGGUGGACAGGAGGAGCACAUUGAACAGUGGCGCGCCUCCUUCCGUCCCCGCUGCUGCAACCACUGGAAGCGUCCAACCGGAAGAUCCGCCCCGUGAUAGGUCCUUGACAAAUACGACAGCGAGCAAACCCACCGAGCACUGCAAGAAACUUCUUCAGUACAGCACCACUUGGGUCAAGUGCGACGUUUCGGACCGUUUGCCGCGAAAAGUUUUCGAAAUGCUGCACAAGCUUUCCCCAUCGGAGUGUAGCCAGAUUGACUGGCUCGUGCGGGAGAUGCUUUUACUCCUUUCUGAGGAUGUCGCGGCGGCUCUGGAUGCUGUGGAUACCCGACUGCAGCCGUAUUUUCCAAGCGGGAAAGAGCUAAUCCUGUCCGGAGACACUAGCGUCCUUUUCCUGAUGGAUUGUUUACGAUCCCGUUUCUACGCUGCUGGAGUCGACGGAAGACACAUAAGCAGAAUCGGUAUGCGGAGCAAGGUGUGUUUUUUCAGUGAAACCAGGCAUGUGGACCCAAUGCAGUUACUUGUCGCGAGGUUUGGCUUUGCUUGGGUUAUAGGAAAUUUGUUCGCGUGCUUUCCGCUGCCCGCCCCGACCAGAAGCUGGCUCGCCGUGGCUUGCCCCAAGCCCUUCGAUUAUGGGCGAGGCCCGCUCGGCCCGCGCUCUGCCCCUUUAAAAUGGGCCCAGCCUUCUUUCGUCCGAUCUGCAUUGAUCUCGAGCCCAUUGGCGGGCCCACCAAUCUCCCCGCCGCGCAGCUUCGACGAAACAAAGGUAGCGGCGCCCUGCGCACCUCGGACAAGCUGGCAGGCCAGCACCUUCUCGCGCUGGCUUGCCCCUCCGCCCGGCUGCCACCCACUCUUGGCCCCGCCCGUUUUUGGCAUAGGUGGCGCCGCGAUGGGUGGCUCGUCUCCUUUGGCCAGUUUUGUCGCGGCCAGCGCUUGGGCUUAUCUUCCUGCCUUCGGCCGUGGGCCCGGCCCCGGCCCAAGCCUAUUUUCCUGCGCGCGUGGCGCGCAGCUAUUGCUCGUAGAAUACCCCCGGCCCGACUUUUUUUCGGCCCGUGCUGAAGCCAUCCGGACGACGUGCACCUUCGUGGUUGCGAGCCAUCCGGAUGCCGGAAGCGGUCCCGUUUUGGCCGGCUCGCGUUCUUGGUUGUUUCGUCUCCCCGCCCCGGCUUUUUUUCGGCCCGUGGGUGCUGGAGCCAUCCGGACGACGUGCACCUUGGUGGUUGCGAGCCAUCCGGAUGCCGGAAGCGGUCCCGUUUUGGCCGGCUCGCGUUCUUGGUUGCUUCGUCUCCCCGCCUCGGCUUUUUUUCGGCCCGUGCUGGAGCCAUCCGGACGACGGGCACCUUUGUGGUUGUGAGCCAUCCGGAUGCCGGAAGCGGUCCCGUUUUGGCCGGUUCGCGUUCUUGGUUGUUUCGCCUCCCCGCCUCGGCUUUUUUUCGGCCCGUGUCUGUGCGUUGGAGCCAUCCGGACGACGUGCACCCUCUUGGUUGCUAGCCAUCCGGAUGCCGGAACCGGUCCCGUUUUGGCCGGCCCGCGUUCUUGGUUGCUUCGUCUCCCCGCCUCGCCUUUUUUCCGGCCCGUGUUGGAGCCAUCCGGACGACGCGCACCUUCGUGGUUGCGAGCCAUCCGGAUGCCGGAAGCGGCCCCGUUGGUUUUGGCCGGCUCGCGUUCUUGGCUGCUUCGUCUCCCCGCCUCGGUUUUUUGUCGGCCCGUGUUGGAGCCAUCCGGACGACGUGCACCUUCGCGCUUGCGAGCCAUCCGGAUGCCGGAAGUGGCCCCGUUGGUUUUGGCCGGCUCGCGUUCUUGUUUGCUUCGUCUUCCCCGCCUCGGCUUUUUUUCGGCCCGUGUUGGAGCCAUCCGGACGACGCCCACCUUCGUGGCUGCGAGCCAUCCGGACGCCGAAAGCGGUACCGUUUUGGCCGGCUCGCGUUCUUGGCAGGUUGUUGCGUCUCCCCGCCUCUGCUUUUUUUCGGCCCGUGUUGGAGCCAUCCGGACGACGCCCACCUUCGUGGUUGCGAGCCAUCCGGACGCCGGAAGCGGUCCCGUUUUGGCCGGCUCGCGUUCUUGGUUGUUUCGCCUCCCCGCCUCGGCUUUUUUUCGGCCCCUGCUGGAGCCAUCCGGACGACGCUCACCUUCGUGGUUGCGAGCCAUCCGGACGCCGGAAGCGGUCCCGUUUUGGCCGGCUCGCGUUCUUGGUUGCUUCGCCUCCCCGCCUCGGCUUUUUUUCGGCCCGUGUUGGAGCCAUCCGGACGACGCUCACCUUCGUGGUUGCGAGCCAUCCGGACGCCGGAAGCGGUCCCGUUUUGGCCGGCUCGCGUUCUUGGUUGUUUCGCCUCCCCGCCUCGGCUUUUUUUCGGCCCGUGUUGGAGCCAUCCGGACGACGCUCACCUUCGUGGUUGCGAGCCAUCCGGACGCCGGAAGCGGUCCCGUUUUGGCCGGCUCGCGUUCUUGGUUGUUUCGCCUCCCCGCCUCGGCUUUUUUUCGGCCCGUGUUGGAGCCAUCCGGACGACGCUCACCUUCGUGGUUGCGAGCCAUCCGGACGCCGGAAGCGGUCCCGUUUUGGCCGGCUCGCGUUCUUGGUUGUUUCGCCUCCCCGCCUCGGCUUUUUUUCGGCCCGUGUUGGAGCCAUCCGGACGACGCUCACCUUCGUGGUUGCGAGCCAUCCGGACGCCGGAAGCGGUCCCGUUUUGGCCGGCUCGCGUUCUUGGUUGUUUCGCCUCCCCGCCUCGGCUUUUUUUCGGCCCGUGUUGGAGCCAUCCGGACGACGCUCACCUUCGUGGUUGCGAGCCAUCCGGACGCCGGAAGCGGUCCCGUUUUGGCCGGCUCGCGUUCUUGGUUGUUUCGCCUCCCCGCCUCGGCUUUUUUUCGGCCCGUGUUGGAGCCAUCCGGACGACGCUCACCUUCGUGGUUGCGAGCCAUCCGGACGCCGGAAGCGGUCCCGUUUUGGCCGGCUCGCGUUCUUGGUUGUUUCGCCUCCCCGCCUCGGCUUUUUUUCGGCCCGUGUUGGAGCCAUCCGGACGACGCUCACCUUCGUGGUUGCGAGCCAUCCGGACGCCGGAAGCGGUCCCGUUUUGGCCGGCUCGCGUUCUUGGUUGUUUCGCCUCCCCGCCUCGGCUUUUUUUCGGCCCGUGUUGGAGCCAUCCGGACGACGCUCACCUUCGUGGUUGCGAGCCAUCCGGACGCCGGAAGCGGUCCCGUUUUGGCCGGCUCGCGUUCUUGGUUGUUUCGUCUCCCCGCCUCGGCUUUUUUUCGGCCCGUGUUGGAGCCAUCCGGACGACGCUCGCUCACCCGGCGCCGCGCCUUGCGGCGGCGGCCCUAUUUAAAGCCUAAAAAAAUUAUGGCCUUCGCCCUUUCCGGCACAGGCUUUCGCUUCUGGCUUCGCCCCGUUUUAUUCUUCGUGAGUCUCUGUUGCAUUGCGGCCGCCCACCUGGCGCACUUCCGGAAUUGGGAGAAAGCUGGCGGGGUGUCACCCUUGUGCGCGAGACCUUUGCUGCGCUCUAAUUAGCGGCCGCGUCCAAGCUCUUAUUUUCUUGGCCCGUUUUUGUGUCUUGCUUUUUGGUCUUACUUUUUGGUCUUACUUUUCGGUCUUACUUUUUGGUCUUAUUUUUUGGUCUUAUUUUUUGUUCUUACUUUUGUGUCUUACUUUUAAGUCUUAUUUUUUUCUUUUAUUUUUUUCGCCUAAAAUAACUCUUACUUUUUCUCUUAUUUCCCCAACUAUUGCGCGCGCGGCCACGGGCCGGGGGGUCUUAUUUUUUUUUUUAUUUUUUCUCUUAUUUUUUUGCGCACUGAAAUCGCACACGAAAUCGCAAAAAAGGCGCCCGCCAACUUUCGGGCCGUGAAAAUAAGCCCGCCGAUAGUGGGCGGAAUAGGCGGCCUCAAGGACCCGCGGCCCGGCUCCUUGGCGCCGUCUUAUUUUUCCCCGACUCUUAACAUCACGAGGCCCGGGCGAAGGAUGGCGCGUUCGCGUGGACCACGCCCCGGAACACCGCCCUGGCCCUGGGCACGCAGGGCGUGUUGCCUUUUCCCCCUUCAAGGCGGCCGCGGAUUUCGCUAAUUGUGUCCGGUGCCGCGCCCGCCUCUUUGUCCGGGGCGGGCGUGCCUGCCCGCUUGGCCUUUGCCGGAAAGCGGCCGUCGUUCUGCUUCGAUGCCGACCCCCGGGCGGGUAGGCGCGCCAUGUGGCCAACUUUGUGGCCGCUCUCGCCAUGUGAUGAUCCGGCUGCUUGGGUCCCGGCUUUUGGCGCGGCCCGUAAAAUUUUUAGGCGUUUUUUAGCAAAAGCCCCGCAGGGCGCGGCUCCGGGUGAGCUCGCCUUCGUGGCUGCGAGCCAUCCGGACGCCGGAAGCGGUCCCGUUUUGGCCGGCUCGCGUUCUUGGUUGUUUCGCCUCCCCGCCUCGGCUUUUUUUCGGCCCGUGUUGGAGCCAUCCGGACGACGCUCACCUUCGUGGUUGCGAGCCAUCCGGACGCCGGAAGCGGUCCCGUUUUGGCCGGCUCGCGUUCUUGGUUGUUUCGCCUCCCCGCCUCGGCUUUUUUUCGGCCCGUCUUGGAGCCGUCCGAACGACGUGCGCCCUCGUGGUUGCGAGCUACCCGGAUGCCGGAAGCGGUCCCGUUUUGGCCGGCUCGCGUUUUUGGUUGUUUCGUCUCCCCGCCUCGGCUUUUUUUCGGCCCGUGUUCGUUGGAGCCAUCCGGACGAAGUGCGCCUUCCUGGUUGCUGGCCAUCCGGACGCCGCAAGCGGUCCCGUUUUGGCCGGCUCGCGUUCUUGGCUGCUUCGCCUCCCCGCCUCCGCUUUUCUUCGGCCCGUGUUGGAGCCACCCGGACGGCGCGCACCUUCGUGGUUGCGAGCCAUCCGGAUGCCGGAGGCGGUCCCGUUUUGGCCGGCUCGCGUCCUUGGUUGUUUCGCCUCCACGCCUCGGGUUUUUUUCGGCGGGCCCGUGUUGGAGCCAUCCGGACGACGUGCACCGUCGUGGUUGCGAGCCAUCCGGAUGCCGGAGGCGGUCCCGCUUAUUUUGGCCGGCUCGCGUUCUUGGUUGUGUCGCCUCCCCGCCUCGGCUUUAUUUUUUUCGGCCCGCGGCGUGCUGCCAGGGAGACAAGGGGCCACAUUGGCGACGCCAUCUGGCGACUUCUGUUGGCCGGCCCCGCCAAACCCUCCCGCCCCCCGACAGCGCAAACCGAUCCGCGUGUGUGGUGCGCGCGCCGCGCCUUUGGGGGCUUCCUUGGCUCCGCUUGGGGCGGGGCCGUCCGUCUUUUGCGCCCGAGCGGAUCGCUUGUGUCGCGCAGAAUUUGCGCGUGCCAGCAGGAACAGUGCCCCCCCCCGAGGAAGCAAACAACUUGCUUCCCGGCGAAGCAGCUGGCUCCUCGCCGGAGCGGGCGCGCCCGAUCAGCGCGAGGCGGACGGGGGAGGCAUCGCAAAGCGCAAGCGCCUUGAUGUACAAAGUGCCCGCCCUUUUUUCGCAGCUCGUUCCGCCAUUUCUUUGGCUUCGAUAUCGCACACCUACGAGAAGGCGGGUCGCGAACGGGAGGAGCUCUACGGCAAAAAGCCAACCAUAAGCUUUGCGGAGGAGGACGUAGACGCGAGCAGUGGGGACGAGGGACAUCUGCCGAACAAUAUACGCUCGGGACACCUUGGCACCCCCGUGGUUUUAGACCCCUCGUCGCCCGCCUCAGGAAUGAGUACGGAAGACAUACCGAACAGAAAGGCGAAGAGCAAAGAAAGCUUCCAGAUCGAAUACCAUGGUGACACCACCGCGAAGGAAACGCUUGAGUAUUAUUUGGACAAGACUCUGGAAGAGAAGGAAGCCAAAAACCUACCCAGAAUCACCGUCGAGCAGUGCCAGAAUUGCCAGGUUCUGGAGGACCGGAAGGCGGGGCUGCAGCUGAAGGCUGCGAUUGUCUAUGUGGUGCUGAAUUUGAAUAACAACGGACCGAUCAUACUGAAGGACUUGCUUCUCGCGCUCCACUGUGCUGACAAGCACUUGAAGUUUCCAGAUAGUUACGACAUCCUCGUCCUGUAUCACGGCUUCAAAAGGUAGGAAAGCGAUAAGAUAAUGAGACCAGAUCACUUCCGCACGAACAGGCUGCAUCACAUUGAAACCUUGAGCAAGUACAGUUUUCACCAGAGCGAUAAGUAGCAAUAGCCGGGCGGCCCUCGGUUGAAUCUCGCAUGGUUCGCUGCUGCACCCCGCCAAGACACGUAGAACAAAGCUGCGUGCGACUGGAGCAAGACGCCUGGGCCUGCAUGGUUCGUCGAUGCAUGAGCGUGCUCAAUAUAUAGCAUAAUUUUUUACACAGAAAGCUUCACAAGCGUCAGCAGCUCGAACUCCAUCAGGUGGUGGAGAUCGCACAGGGAAGAUCUUCACGACGACAGAACAUAUAAUGCGCGAACGGACGCUGAAGUGAGUCUUUUCCUAGAAAUUUCAUACCAGGAACCGGGAUCAGUCGGAGCUCGACCUCCCGAUCGAGCUGCGCUGGCUGAGCGACAACGCGCCGGUUCGGAUUCAGCGAAAGAUGCAGUUCGUCCAGCUCCCCGAUGACCAGGUGCUGGAUAUCGUAAAGAAAAAUCCCCCCUCCCCAUAUUGAAAACGUAUCCGGCUGAAAAUUUGUGAUAUCCGGCUGAAAAUUUGUGAAGAAGCUAAAAAAAUAGCAAAAAGCAGUACACGCAAGCAAUCGGCUCUAGGCAGUUUUAUAUCGCCACAGGCCUGGCGACAACGGCAGCAUUUACCCCACUGGGUCCUUGCGCGGUUGUUUUCUUUUUAUUCUUGCAGUUGGCCCAGCGGACGACAGGACAGGUUGACUUGAAACGGUGAGCAUGCACCCACGGCGCGUUUCUUGUGGACCACGGCCUGUCCUGUGUGAGCACCUUCCAGCGACUACCCGGCGUUUGAUAUUACCACUGGUCUGGUAAUCCGGACUCGGUCUUGGAAGGACCCCGUGUGGCGGUAGUCCUUGCUUUGCCGCUGUUUCCUUAGGUUCGUUUUCGUAGUCGUAUCGUUCGUAGUACUACGUCUCUGUCAGCCUAUUCCCUGCUCCCUCCUCUCCAUGCUAUACUAAUUCUAAUCUAAUUUUAAGUUAAGCCUAUCUUGCUAUGCCCCGUAAGUUUGUUUCUUUUUUCUGUCUUUUUUACUGGGUCGCUGUGACGCCGUGCCUGCAUGCACCACCAGAAGUGCGACGAGGUGCCAAUCGUGUUUCCACAUGUGCCAUCAGAAGUGCAUCGAAUCACGAGGGUAGUGAGUGAAUGUAUUAUUUUUUGAUUAGCAGCAUGCCUUUCUGCUCGUCGAGAACACCAUGAUAGUUGCCAUGUCGCACAAAAUUACUUGAUGCAGUCACUUUGGCCCCGACAUGGAAGCUGUCAUGCUUCUGAUGCAUGCUAACGGUCCAUACCCAUCGCGCUUCUAUGUGUGCUUGUUUUUCACUUCCAUAAAUCUAUCUUGAAACAGAAACAAGAUGAAGCUGCACUUUUCGCAAAAGCAGGCGCAGCAGUUGAAGCAUUACGAGGAGCACGGCCGAUAUGCGUACCACAUCGAGCGGGCUUGUGGUGCAGUUCUACUUCUCCAACUAGCUUCCACAAGAUACACCAAGACUACGAGCGGAGCACUCUAGAAACAACUACAAACCGAAACCGAAAUACCUUCUGCACGGCGUUGACCAGUGCAGCACUAUCCCUUGGCGGCGUGGUUUCCAGAUGCUGUUCCGCUUCGGUCAAACUAGUGCACACUGAUGCUGUCCUGCAUUCACAUUUCUUCCAUUCCGGGCGUGCGAGUACAGAUUCCUCAUCGCAUCACGUGUAAUGCGAUUUGUAUGUCGUGAAUCUGCGUGCUCUGCUACAUGCACUCCGGGUCCAGAUGGAUUUGUCAUGCGGGACGCAUAAUAUGUCGCCGCACUUCGUACGUGGAACGUCGUAUGCAAGCGGUCACAUGAUGACGCGUUUUUGUUGAUCGUCGGUAGUGCUCUUUUUUCGUUGACGCUAGCAAGAAGUAAGAACUCGCUCUCGCGUCUGACUUGCAACGUGUUUCUGUAUUUUUUAAAUAUUUUUAUUCGUCACAAUUCGAAAAAAGAACUUCGUAUGCAACUACUACAUGAUGAUGCGUUUGCUGCCUUAUGCUGUGCUCCUCUUCUUUGGCGAUAGCAAGGCAAUAAGAUUUCAUUCUCAUGUCUGAUUGGCAAUAUGCUCGUCAUCUUGUCAGUAUUUUUAAGCGUGAAAGCAUGAUAUUUGUAAGCUCAUUGGCCGUUGUGCCAUCGGGACUUCCUGCCCGUAGACCACCAAUGUCAUGCGGGCACGCAAGCCUAGUUUUGCUUGAUCAUAUGCAUGCGGCGCCGACCUCUUGCGGAAAAGCACAUAAAGAAGCCACGACGCCAGGAUAUUUGUGUUGCCUGGUCUCCCCGGACCAGCACGGAUGACACCCUCCCGCGAGACGGCGACACAGCUGCUCGGGUGUGGAAGCCAGGACGUAGAAGUACGAGAACUACGACUGUCGUUGCGGGUCAGGGGGGACAAAUGGACUUUCGAGCGGUGCAAAGAUUUUCCACCUGCAAAGAACAUCGGUUUCUGCCUGUGCACUUCUCCGUCUUGGGUUUCUCUUCGGAUGACCAAACACUUGUACUCCGUCUUCGGCAUUCCCUCCCCCCUUCCGUCGCUGAUGCUUUUCCCCAUCCCGUUUAUGAAGCUCUGCUUCACAUGCGCGACACGGACAUGCAGUCUUCCCCUCCACAUGCUUGCUGACCGCCACGGGAAAGCCAAAAAAUUAUUGCAUGCACAUCGGAGAUUAGUUUUACAAUGGGGCUAUUAGAAAUAAUUAGAAAUAGAAUUUUAUCGGUUUACGUAACCAGGGGCGGCUUGUCGUCUGCGGCAGAUGAUGACAGCGUGCACAUUCCUACAAAUACAUGGCUACCGGGCUGCUUCCCGGUUGGUCUAGUAUCACCUGACUCAUUGGCGCUGAUUUGCUAAACGCCUUGCCGCGACCCUGCCCGCUCGGGGGAUAGUUAUCUCUAGACAGUGCACCACCUGCGGUUGCACUCGGCGUUCGAGUCUAGUUAAAAACCUACCAUGCGUAAAUCUUUCAUUUUGCGUGGGCUCCUGGUGGCUGCUUCCACCGUCGGGGAGUAUAAUCUUACUAAACAUAAGUCAUUGGCCACUGGGUCGCUGUGACGCCGUGCCUGCAUGCACCAUCAGAAGUGCAACGAGGUACCAAUCGCGUUUCUGCAUGCACCAUUAGAAGUGCAUUGAGGUGCGAGGGUCGUGAGUGAGUGAAUGAAUCUUGAAUGAGCUUAGCAUUCACAUUUCGCACCCCGGCUCAUUCAUGAGGUUUUACGCCCCCGGCCCUUCGGCUUCGCGGCUGAGGGGUUGGGUUUCGUUGUGACGGAAAGUAUAGUCUUUGCACAGCAACGUGAAUCCGAUUUACUUGCUGCUGCUGUGUAUGUUUUGUAUGACAUGCUACCAAGUAUGUCUUUGCCUUUCGUGAAAAUGUGUGAUGAUUUUUAUGGUUGCCUGCGCUUCGUUGCUACUGCACUUCCUUCGUUAGUACCUGUUUCCUCGUAUGGAGCUAGAUCGCAAAUUCGUACGCUCCUCAUUCCGAAAAGUCCGAUCUUCCCUGCCUUCCCCUCAUGCCCACGUAGAUGUAGGUCGCUACCCUUUUACUUCCUCUCUGCCGUGUAGUUUUGUCUUCUUAUUUGUUUCAUCCUUGUACUAGCGCUAGUUCGCGGAACCCGCUUCCUCGCAGGGGCAGCUGUUUUUUUUUCCGCCUUGCCAGCGGGUUUGUUUGGGGGGAUACGACAGUAUCGGCGUCGGGGGAAAUCGCCGAUGGGAUACGACCGCAGUGUGACAAGCCAGGCGGGGAAAAUAGUGAAGCUUCGGGUCUCGCAGCUCCACUUCUCCGUCUUACUUCCGUCUUCGUCCAGCAUCCUCUUCUUUCUUCUUCCGCCUUUUUCCGUCGGGGUUCGUCUUUGCAUGACAUCGAGGGUCUAAGGGCAUAAUGACUUAACUUUAUUGGUUUACGUAACCGGGGGCGGUGUGUCGUCUGCGGCGGAUGAUGACAGUGCACGCAUUUCAAGAACUCCAUGGCUUUUGGGGCUGCUUCCCCCUUAGGUCUAGUAUCACCUGACUCAAGGCACUGAUCCGCUAAACGUACACCGUAAGCCUCGCCCGCUCGGGGAUAGCGUAUCUCUAGACAGUGCUCUUGCUGCGGAGUGCUCGGCGAUUCGCGCCGUACUUAAUUCUACUGCGCGUAAGUCUUUCACUUUGCGUGGACUCUUGGUGGCUGCUACCACCGCGGGAGAGUAUAAAGAUGUAAAACAUGAGCCAUUAGCCACUGGGCUGCGGUGGCGUAGUACCUGCACGCACCACCAGAAGUGCGUUGGUGCGACUUGCUUUUCUCUCGUGCACCAUCAGAAGUGCACUGAAUCGCGAGGGUAUGAUGAUGAUGAGUCUUUUAUUGGUUUUAGUAGGGCAUGACGCCACACGGGACGAACAGCCCAUAGACCUCCGAUGUGAUGCGCAUUUGUGACCUCAAAUCCUGCCUGUCUUGCAAGAAGGCAAAUCCAGAGAGCGCCCCGCAUUUUGCAGGCGGUUUGUGAUGCUGCUGGGCUUAGAGCAUACAUGUUUGCUAUGCUAGGCGCCUGCGUCCAAACCUCUCGACUGAGGCUUGACAUAUGCCUGCUGUCCUCUACUGCAAGACAGACCUGAUUUGUGUACGCAAAUCCAGCAUCAGAAGCUUCCUUCUGAUAUGGGGAGGGGGGAUUUUUCUCUUCGAUGCUGGAGGGUGACGGCGUGAACGGGAAGUAUGGAUGCCGAUGCCCCGCCUGGGCGCCCCGCUGUUGGGACGUGAAUUGGAUGCGCGCGACGCGGAUCUUCACCGACCACAUGUUCGAUUACCUCCCCGCAGACAAGUACGAGUUCUUCAUGCGCUUGGAUUCCGACUUUUUCUUCAUCAACACGCCGGAAUUCGAUGCCGUCAAGAUGCUACACGAGCUAACGCAGGAAAGAGCCAGCACGACUUAUAUCGCCAGGAAUUUAUUUUGUGACGCAGAUGUAAGUAUAGAAAAUUGGUGAUUCAUUCGGUAUCCUUCUGCAUUAGUCCUUCAAUGAUGUAGAUGUAAUUGGUUUACUCACGCAUGAUCCCAAGAACUUAGCAGUGGUGUCGGCAGCUUUCCAGAGCAUACACAAAUAACUGCGCAUUUGCUUACCACCGCCUGUCUAUCGAAGCACCGGGUUGUUUAUCCGAUCGAGACCGAGACGUGUUUUUCUACAUUUCUCUUUCAGGGAGGUUUGUCAUGCUUCCGUGCACGGGUAAUGUUAAUGUAGCACUGUAUAUUUUUGAAAGAGGUCACGCGAAGUCAAGUGUUUUUGUCCUCUGGCUCUUUCGCGUGCGUUUCUGGCCGCUGAAGAUUUCCGUUUGCUCCUGCUCCACCUGCACGAACGCAACACGAAGAAAACAAAGAUGAAUCCCGUGCCAGAGGAGGUCGUAGAAACUGUUUUUCUCUUUGAUGCCGUUUCGACGAGUUCCAGGAGUACGUGGAGGAUUUCAGCCGGCGGUAUCCUUUGCCCCCCGGCAUGACAAACCAGUUUGGCGAGCCGGAACCGGUGUCCGAGACCGCGCAGAAAAGCGGCAAAAACAGCCGCACGAACAUCCGGAUGGGGCACGGCGUGGCGGCGGCGGGCGGGCAGUGGACGGUGGGGGACGUGCGGCUCUUCUCCAGCCCGAUCUACCGCAGAUUCGCAAAGGAGGCGCGGGAAAAGAUCUUCGAGCACCGGUGGGCGGACCAGCUGCUGUUCGCCGCCGGAACGAUUUUGUUCGGCAACAAGCAGUUCUGUUUCCACGACAUGUUCCAGGAUGCCGGGCUGUUUGUGCACAAAAAGCAGGGCUACACGGACGAAAGCAUCUGGGAAAAGUGCAAGCCUGCUCCAGUGGAUAUUGAUGAAGAUCAACAUGUUGUCCCUUCAAGUACGGCUGAGUCCGCGUUUAACUGGACUGCUAUGCUAGAGUCCUACCCAACAAUAGACGAGGAACGUGAAGCCGAUCUUGACUCGAUGCCUGAUGUACAAGACGCGCGAGAGCAAGAUCGUGAGGACCUUUGAUCCAAACAUGAGGUUCUUCGUGUUGCGCUGCAAUUGAUGUGAUCUCUUGCCGAGUCAACACGAAGAUGAAAUUCGUUCAUAGUUUCCAAGCAACGGCUGCAAUGCCAUGUUGAGCCGCGAUCGCGAAACUUUCAUCACUUCGCCUCGCGGAUGAAAU